UUAGGAAAUGAAUUAAUGACUUCAAUGGAUUUUGUUUCGUGAUAUUUUUGUUGUUGCAGUUUUGAACACUGGUCAGAGUUUCCUGUGGUCAAUAAAGUUUUUUUUUUUUUUACGUGAUGUCAUUGAGGCGCGACAGAGUGACAGGAAAACACGCGUGUGUCUGAACCAGGACCUCCAACUGUUUAAAUCCAGUUUUUGUCCAGGUUUCGGUCCAUUUAGACUCGGACCGAUGGGGGACACGAGCCGGCUGUGCUCCGUGUGGCUGGGCUCGGAGACCGGCAUCCUGAAGGGGGUCAGUCUGUCCCGGAAACAGGCCUUCAACUUCUGCAACACGAGCCACCUGAGCCGCGACCAGGAGGUCCGGGCGCUGUGCUGGGGGGACCCGGCGGAGAGCGAGCUGCUGGUCGGCUCCGUGGACGGAACCGUGAAGACCUUCAGCACCGAGAAGGGAUCCUUCACCGAGACCCGCCGCUGCGGAGACCCGGCAGACGGCUGCUUCACCGGGCUGGCUGUGCUCAGCGGCUCCACGCUGGUCAGCUGCGUGGAGUGCGGGACGCUGCGGGUGUGGAGGGAGGACAGCAGCGAGCCCGUGAAGGAGCUGAGCGCGGGGAAGAACGUGUGCAGGAUGCGGCAGAGUCCGGUACACCCGCACAAAGUCGCCACCGGAGGGAAGGAGAACGGGCUCAAGAUCUGGGACCUGGAGACUCCGGAGAAGCCCGUGUUCACCGCGAAAAACCUGCGGGACGACUGGCUCGAUCUACGGCGGCCGCAUUGGGUCAGAGACAUGGCCUUCAUCCCGGGAACCGACAAAGUCGUCACCUGCACAGGUUACCAUCAGGUCCACAUAUUCGACCCGUCCUCCCCUCAGCGGCGUCCUGUCCUGGAGGUCGAGUAUGGCGAGUACCCGCUCACCGCUCUCUCCCUGACUGCCAGCGGGGACACAGUGGUGGUUGGAAACACUCAUGGCCAGAUCGCCCUGCUGGACCUGAGGAAAGGUCUGGUCCGCGGCUGUCUGAAGGGGCUGGUGGGGGGCGUGCGGGGGCUGCAGUGUCACCCCUCCCAGCCGGUGGUGGCGUCCUGCGGCCUCGACCGCUUCCUCCGCAUCCACAGCCUGGAAGACCGCAAACUACAGCACAAAGUCUACCUCAAGUCCCGCCUGAACUGCCUCCUGUUCUCCAGCAGAGACCUGGAGGAGCCAGCGGGGGAGGGCGGGGCUCAGGAGGUGAAGGAGGAGGAGGAGGAGGAGGGAGACGAGGUGUGGGACAGCAUGGCGCGAGUGGAGGAGAAGCCAAAGAGAAAAACCACAGAGGAAGAAGAGCCGCAGAAGAAAAAAGGCAAGAAGAAGAAAAAGAACUGAGGGACGUUUGUGGUGUGGUCAGAGUGUGGGACAUUUGAACGCUGUCACUCAGACUGAAACACGUGGAAGAGGAGAGAUUUGUCUCUCAGCUGUUUGUGCUCUAAAAUGCAUUUUCUAUACUCUGUUUAUUAAAACAGCAGCAUGUGCCUCCAGACAUCUCCUGAGCAAUAUUAAUCGUCCUUAUAAACCCAGAGCACGUUGUCUCACCUGUCAUCAGAUGAGCCACAGCCAAUCAGAGCUGCUGCUGAGAGUGAACAAACAUCUUAUUCUUUAAACUCUUCAGUGCUUUUGUGUUAAAAAUCUAAUUUGUAACUAAAGAUAAAAGUAGUGGAGUAAAAAGUUUGAGAUGUACUUCAAUAAAAGUAGAACCUGGCUUGAAAAGAGAA